CCUUAAGCGCAUGCGCCUUCGCGUUGAGCGGAAAGGGUACUCGCUGUAAUAGAGAGAAAGCGUUCCAGCAAACCGCUAUAUCUGCCUGAGGACUCCAUGCCCGUCAGACCACCAAGAAAGUACUUGUGCGGGUCUGCUUACGCUACAUCGUUCAGAGGGGGUGAGCUUUGAUGCUCACAUCACAUGUGUGUGUGCUUGCUGUAGGCAGACGCGUAUUUCUCGUUUUCCCACGGAGUGACUGUCACUAAAAACAACGUGAACUUGGUUGCAACAUCACUGUGCAGUUACGGAUUAAACCUCAUCUAUCGGGGAGAAGCCCAGUCUCAUUACAUCUGUAUCACUGAGGAUUUAAUCUUUGGAAAUGAAAGAAGGAAAAGGAUAACCUCAUGCACUAUGUAGACAUGAGAGCACCAAGGAGAAUGUGAAGAUGUCCCAGAAGGCAACUAAAACAUGGUGCCUCAGGCUUCUCCCAGCUCUCUUCUUCUUCAUUUCCUUUGUCACAUACUACUGUUCCUAUGCACUACUUCAGAGCUACGGAGGCACCAGCAAGUCUCUGAACAGUAGCAAGUCAUUCUGUGGUGCCUGGCUAACCCAGAAGAAGUGGGAGAGCCUUAAUUUUAACAUUAGCAGACAGACGGAGCUCUUUCUGAAACUGGAGGAUUUCUUCUGGCAGAAGCAUCCGUCAAAGCUGGCAUUACCUUAUGGUAUUAAGGGCUGUGAGCCGCUGUUAGUGAAAGUCCUUGCUGUUGCAAAUCACCAGGUACCAGCAAACAUUGAAAACCUUGAAUGCAGAACCUGCGUAGUCAUAGGCAAUGGCUUUGCCAUCAAAAACAGCUCACUGGGAAGCAUCAUCAACAAAUACGACGUGGUGAUUCGGUUGAAUGAUGCCCCAGUAAGAGGCUAUGAGGAGGAUGUGGGGAGCAAGACCACCAUGAGGUUCUUCUACCCCGAAUCUGCUUCUAACAACCCUGGACUGCACAACGAGCCCAGCACUCUUAUGGUCCUGGUACCUUUCAAGCAGCAAGAUCUCCGAUGGCUGAAAGAGAUCCUAUAUAAUGAGAAGAGGGUUGUCAAAGGCUUUUGGAAGCCCCCUCCCCAAAUCUGGUUAGGGGAUGUCAAUAAAAUCAGAGUGCUGGACCCCCACUUUUUGCACCAGACUGCAGAGAGACUUCUUCAGAUCCCUCUCUAUCCCAAGGGCAAACAGGCACACAUGCAAACACAUGAGCCUUAUGUUCACACCCGUCUCCUUGAACACAGGCUUGUGUUGAGUUCUCAUAGGCCUGGCCUGCAGUGGUGACAGUAUGCAGCCCCUCGCGUCCCCCUCUCACCAAGGCUCCAUGGGCUUUUGUCCAAACUAUGCGCCGGGCUGUUGCAGAGCUCUGGUGUUCUUCUGUGUCCUGGUGACCACAUGAGGAUCAUGCACACAGAACUUCAGCUGUGUCCCAUUGCAGGGUGCUCCUUACUUUCAGAUUUAAAGAAAAAAGACAGUCACGCUCAGUGCAGUAGGAAAUUGAUCCAGUGUGAUGUUUUAGAGAAGAAUGAAAAGAACAGGACUGAGCUUAUGUUUCAGUUUCUGUCUGUCAUGGUCUGAUCACCUCCUGUAUCUACAGCAGCAGAGCUCACAGUUGUUCAGACAGACCUGUUUUGAUAAAAUGUAACUUUGAGAGCAGUUAGGCCUAGCAACAUGCACGCAGUGAUAAACAUGCACUGGUUAGCUUAGCCUUGCAUAAGGACCUCUCUCUGGUAACAAAAUACCCCCCCCUCCAACAGUAUUUUAAGGUUGUCAGACAACCCGCAGAGCCAUGAGGAAGUCACUGCUACCAGUCAGAAAAUAGCACAUAACACCCUGUUAAACUUCAACAAAUUAAACAAAUGAGCCGUAGUGUGCCAAUUAGUGAGCUAUAAAGGAGUUGAUAGAAGGAUGUUGUUACUUUUUGACAGAAUAAUAAGAUGAUGAUAAAACAUGAAUGAUAUACAUUUAUCUGAUUUUAUAGUCAACUAAUAAGGGCACUUUAGUUUUUGUGUAUAAAAUAAAGUGUUGAGGCAAUCAGUAAACCUUGGCUAGAGUUAAUAUGGGAAGUAAGCAGCUGUAAACAUUGGUAAGUGCAACAGAAAUGUCCUUGCAGACAGGGUGUUCACAAAGGAUACUUGAUGAUAACAUGGAAAGCCAAAGAGGAGAGAGAUAUGAAAAGUUUGGUUGGAAACUGUGCACUAUUUUGGGAAGAGAUGGAAACAGAAAGUUUCUUGUAUCUCGUGGUCAUGUGGAAAUGAUUCUUUUUCUUGCCUCUGUGAACAGGGAUAAUCAUUGACAGAGUCAUAUGGGAAAUGGCAAGAAACACAGAAAAAUCUGUGCACAGUAAGAGCUCGCCAGGGACAGUAUAACAAACAUGUCUCACCUCAUUAAAUAUCACAUUAGUUUUAUUUCUAAAAAGCAGCCAGUAGGGUCGGAAAAUGCCAGUUUAUUUGUUGUUGUUGUUGUUUUUGUUUUAUUUUAUUUUUUUCAGCAAAGACAGAUCUCAACAGUGACUGUAGCCCUAUAUUUGGGACAAAGACUUCUUUUUUGUGGGCUUGCACAAGGCACUGUCAUUUACUUAGAAAGUAAGCAUUUCGACAUAGAGACAAAAUGAGAUGUUAAAAACAGAUAGAGGGGGAAGACAUGAAACAAAGGUACCAAACUGGAAUCAAACUGGAGUAAUUUGGUAUGCAUAUGAUGCCAGGAUGCCCUUUUAUUUGUGUACAGUCUUAGACAUGUCUCCUAGGGCAUAAUCUCCCAUUCUUUGUUAUCUAUGAAAGAUGAUGUGAGAUAUGUGGAGAGAAUGAAUGAUGAAAGAGACGUGCUGACCUCUCCACACCAUCUCUCAUCUAGCAGUAGGUGGUGCACACAGUGCUUCAGCUAAACAUUGAUUUGAAGAAGGUCAGUACUUAUUUUUGUAGAGAUUUCAUUUUAUCACUUAAGAGGUUUCUGCUGAUCAUUGCCAAAAAAAUGGAAUUAAUUGGUUGUAAUUAGCAAAGGGGGUAAAGACGAUGAAUGAAUACUUAAUAAUGAACAAUGAAUCAGAGUCAGCUGAAUGUAUCAAUGUGCCGGGGAUAGAAAAUGAACGUUUUGGUUUGGUUUGGUUAAGUCUUCUCCUGUAGGAAGUUGUGAAUGAAAGUGCAUUCAAGAUGACUUUUUUAUUUUUUACUGUUUGGGGUGGGGAACUGUUAUACCUUUAUUAGAUCAUUAGCAGUGAAGCGAUAUCGGGAAACAAGAGGAAAUUAGUGUUGUCUUGUGAAAAUAAAAUGGCUUUAAUCAGUAUAAUGGAAUUAAAAUUUACUCCCAGAGUAUUUAGAAGAUUUUUUUUUUUCCUUUUUCUCCGUUUCUUUCUUUCUUCUGCUUGUUUUACAACAGCGAAGUAACAGUCUACUAACAAAAGAUUACUCUCCGACUGCCCAAAAAUAACAGUGUCUUGAGUGAGUCAUGUUUUUAACCUUUUCAUGUGGACAGGGUAAUCCGCUGUAUCAAAUGAUCCACUACAGUACAACAGCACUAAAAUAGCAUACUUUGUUCUUUCCUUUUUUUCUGGUGUCUAACUCUAUUCCGAUAUUUUUCAUACCAAGUACGCUCUUAAUUUAAAUAAAUUAUUUUGCUUUGAGUACAGCAAUUAUCUAAUUAUUUUACUUAAAAAGCAGGUUGUUAGUUGUUACUGGGAUCAGUGCUUGUCUUCAGAAGAUCAAGGGGUUGAAUGAACAAUGAGUUUGCAUUGUGGGAAGUGCUGUGUAAGAAAGAGUGUCUUAGUGCUGAACCAGUCAGCAAUGACUGCAUUAAAACUAUAAAUUGUACACGAGUAUGUUGUGCUUUGACCUAUUGUUGGUUACCUUGACUCUGAGCUGCAAGGCAUUACAUUUAGAUAAUGAGGAGUCUUUUCCGAAGAGUCAACAGCUGUACUAAAGAUUAUGAUUAUCCUUGUGUGAUAUUUCAAGAGGGUGAAUAAUUUGCCAGGUCGGCUUGGCGCUCACUUUGUUUUGCAACAUAACAUGAUGUUUUACUUCGCUUAACACUAAUUAAGCAGAUUCUCGAAACAACUUACAAUGAAUGCAUUAAGUCUUUUUAGAAAAAAGUCAGAUGUGGUCAGCAAUUGUUUGCAUUUAAGUCUUACGAGCGGUUCAAAACAAUUCUGCAGUAUAAAACAGCCUUGUGUUGAUGACCUGCAGGUGAAGGGCAGAGACAGCAGUUUCUGCUGUGCUCUGUUGCCAUCUAGUGGUGAAAUGAGAGGCUGCAGUGUGAUUAAGGCAUAUUCAUGUCUGCAAAUUUUCACUAGCACCAGUUUUCACUACAGAACAAGUAUGACAUACCAUACUUGUUGAUUAAUGCAACUAUUUGUUGUUUCCAGUAAGCUAAAACCCCUCUGAGGGCAAUCUGUAUAUGAUUCUGGUGUUUUUGCAUGUAGAAAAAUAACUGAGUGUGGUGAAAUUUUGCAAUCUUACUUGCGUAUUACUUUGAUUACUUUGAAUUGUCAGGACACACGCAGUUAUUGCAAUGAGG